AUGAACAAUACUCAAAGGAAACAUUACGUCGACGGAUUCCCUUCCCUGGCGAACUUCAUUGCCAGCGACAGAGACGGUACAUCAACAAUAUUCAAGCGGUUCAACAGAUUAGCCGCCAGAAACCUGCUCAAUCUACAAAGUGAGCUAGCAGAGUUAGAAGCGAAGCUCGAUGCUUUCGAUGAUCAAGAUAGGGAAAGUAGAGAAUCAUUGCAGAGCUUGAGGAACUGGAAGGACUUUAAGACCAGAAAUGGAGAAGAUUCGGAAAGAAGAAAGCUUCUACGAGAUAUAAAAAGCACAUUAAAAGAAUACAGUAUGGUUAUCCAUUGCUAUGUAACUUGGGCUGACCCUUUGCAAGGAGAAGCGCUCAUGUUCGAGAGUACUCUGGCAACAAUACCUCCACCAGAUAGAAAGACACUCAAGGCAUUUCGAACCAACUUUUUCCAUGGUCGUCCAGGAGAGACAGGGGCCUUCCCAAUGCUCGGCGGUCAUAGUGCAAGCUUAUACGACGAGUCAGACGAUCUCUUAGUAUUGCACAGUCGAGAGCCACCAGACAGAUUGACAAUGUUCGUACAAGACAAUUUCGGUUACUUGUUCGAAGAGAGUGGCCCUGCAAACGGCUCAUCAAUAGCUUACGCAUCGGGCAAAAAGAUCUCGACGUUCAUCUCAUACAUCAGUACCGUCCUUGCCGCGGUGCUUCUCAUCGGAGCUAUUGUCAUACUUUACAAUAUUAACUCUGACAACUUGAAGCUUGGUCUCAUCGCACUUUUCACGGUAUUGUUUUCAGCAAGUGUUGGUCUGUUGACCAAUGCCAAAAGAGCAGAAGUGUUUGGAGCCACAGCAGCAUAUGCCGCCGUCUUGGUUGUCUUUGUGAGCGGGGACCUGGGCAGUUGA